ACGACUUUAUUCAACAGUGCCCGAGGUUUCUGUUUAACUUUUUUCAACUCGCACGUCUACUUUUUUAGCUUUGAAGAUGUCUGGAAAGGUCCCCUCGACAAAGUCCCAGGCUGCCAAGAAGACCGCCGGAAAGACCUUGGGUAUCCGCUACCGCAGAAAGAAGAGGAUCGAAUCAUUCGCACUUUACAUUUACAAGGUCUUGAAGCAGGUGCACCCAGAAACUGGUGUCAGCAAAAAGUCCAUGAGCAUCAUGAACUCCUUCAUCAACGAUAUCUUUGACAGACUUGCACUCGAAGCCACACGUCUCAUCAGAUACAACAAGAAGUCCACUCUCUCCUCUCGUGAAAUUCAAACUGCUGUACGCCUUCUUCUUCCCGGAGAAUUGGCCAAGCACGCCGUCUCUGAAGGCACCAAGGCCGUCACUAAAUACACCACAUCCGGGGUUUAAUUGUAAUGUUUUUU